AUGCAAGUUUUGCAGAGGUUGCACAAUGUGGUUCAGAGGAAGCAGUGUGAGAAGGGGCAGGGACAGUGGUUUUUGCAUCACAAUAACACACUGAGCCACACAUUGCUUGUGCAGCAAUUCCUCACUGAGAAAAACAUUCCUGUCAUCACCCAACCACUGUACUCUCCCGGUCUCGCUUGGAGUGACUUUUGGUUGUUCCCUACUUUGAAAAUGGGGCUCAAGGGGACACGUUUCACCACCAUGCAGGACAUCAAAUUGAAGGCACUGGCUGAACUCCGGAUGAUUCCAAAAGAAGCCUUCUGCCAGUGCUUCCAACAAUGGCAGGAUUGA